AUGGUGCACUAUGAUGUGGCAAUAUUUGCACAGGUGAAGGAAUGGAUCUUCAGACUGACUGGCUUCCUUUGCAGCCUCUUGUCGUUGGGGUUUGGAAUAAUCCUCCAAAGCAGCCGAUACUGGCGCCUCUGGGAAUUCGAUGACGGAGUUGUUCAGCUUGUGUACAUUGGACUAUGGGAAGCUUAUUACCAUCGGGAGUUUCGCAUCUCUGGUUCUGUGACCAGGAUUCUGGUGCACAGCCCUGUCAACUCGACCUGGACCAUUUCACCUGAAUUUAGAUGUGCACAGAUCCUGAUCUUACUGGCUAUGUUUAUAAAACCUGUGGUGGUGAUUUUUAGCUCAGCGGCUAUUAGGGUUAGCAUUAUCAGAGCCUCAGUCCCUGAGAUUCAGAUACUCUGCUACAAGUGUUGUGUCUUAAUUCUGCUUCUCAGCAGCCUUUGCACAGCUCUUUCUGUGACCUGGAACCAUGUAGUAGAUCUUUAUGGUGAAACCACUCUUGAUUUUCCACCCACCUUUCCUGUUAGGAAAGAAGACCUGAUCGAAAAACACUACACUCAUGUGUUCCCCAUAGGGGUCCUGACAGCCACCCUGUCACUCUUUGCUAUGAUUAUGUUCCUCUUUGAGAUCAGGUCAUUGAAAUUACAGAGUAACCUGAAUGCCCAGGGUGCUUCCAAGCAGGCAAUCCAAAUGCCUGAAGUAUGAGCUCUGGUGUUUGCAAAAUGAGCCAGAAGACUCCUUGGUCAAAAUUACUAACAUUACACAAUAUUCUUGUAGUG